CCGUGGGGCAUUUAUUGCCGGUGUGAUGUCUGCAGUCGUAUUCGAGUCAGGGCAAUCCCCGCAUUGUUUGCAGGCGGGGGCUGCCUCACGUGGGACUGAUGCGCAGCUGCACAGUGACCUGGCGUCAUUGAGGGCCUCGUUUGACGACUACAAACAGCAGACAGAAAAGGCAAGUCCGCGAAUUGGUGGGCGGGGAGGGGAGGGAGGGGAGGGGGGGCAAUCGAUGCACUCCUCUGUCUGUGCUGUGCAGAGGAUAGCGGCACUGGAGGCCGCCCUUGAGGAGAAAACAAAGGCAAGCAGUGCUACUCACAAAACCACAGCCAUCUGAUCACAUCCGCGGGUUUGCCCACAGGAAUGGGCAGCUCGGCAGCACGCUCUUCGUCGAGAGAUGGAGGCGGCCAAGGGGGAGCAGGACAAACGCAUCCAAGAGAGACUGCAGGUCGGUAGGUCAGUCGGCCAACCACACAAACGAACAAACACGACAGCCAUGCGGGUUUUGUGUCUGUCCGUGGACGGGAUGGAUGCACUCUACAAACAACCUUAACAGGAGGAGCGUCGGUUUGUGCUGGAGGAGAUGGCCAUCGCUAUGCAGGUGGAGCUCCACGACGACAAGAAGGACCUGCAGGAGCUCAUCAAACACGCCGAGCGGUCCUGGCAAGCCGCGCUGCAGAAGAUGCUAUCGGUCGGCCAACCAAUCAGAGAUAUGUGCUUAGCUUAAAGAUGUGUGUGGCUGACACGGCAUGCAGAGCAAGAGCAGCAAAUUGAUGGCCGUCUCGCGAUACCUGUGUGUGCCGGGUGGGCAGGUACAAUGCAACACGCACAUACGCACACACGGACAAAGAAAGGGAGAGAGAGGGGCUUUUCUGCCGUUCCGUUAUCUGCAUCGUGCGGUGGUUGCCUUCGUCUCCCUCUCUCUCUCUGUGUGUGUGUGUGUGUGUGUGUCCUUGUGUCUGCAGUUUCUGCGUACGUCGUAUCGCUAUGCGGCUCUCCGCGAUUGGUUGGCGGGGUGGACCGCCGUGGCAUGCACUUCGAUGAAACUGCUGUACAAGGGGACUCGCCACGGCUGGCACUACCCCUGCCUCCUCGACUGCAUCGCUGCUUCACAAGGCGAUCGUCUGCUCCUGCUCAUGCGUCACGAAUCCCACGUCUUCGGCUGCCUUAUCGACGGGCAACUGCUGGAGCCACCUGAUGCUUCCGCGUCCACGUGCACGUCUGUCGCUAUGCUCACAUUCAUCUCUCUUUGUGGGGCCUGCAACGAGCCAACCAAGAUCCCCCUCCCCGCCGAGGCGCGCAAAGUCAAGAUGGCCGGCCGGCAGGGCGCAGUGAGGGGCAGCAAUGGGGCGCCACGAGCCAACAUCUUCAUGGGGGGUGCGCAGCAUGCGGCGCUGUGGAUGGGGUACGCCAAACCUGUCGGACCCAGCUGUGAUUUGAGGAGUUGUGAGCUGUGGAUAGCCAAAGAGCACUUGCCGACUCCGGGCUAUCUGGGUGUGGUGUGUGGGGCGGGACGCGGCACACUCUCGGACCGUAAGACAUUCACCCUGACGGAGAUGGAGGUGUGGGCACUCUGACUGACUGACUGGCUCGCUUCGUGAAUUGAUUGAGUGUCAUGUACAUGCCCGCUGCACAAUUAUGCAUAGGUGAACAUUGAUCUGCGUCUUGCUUGAGUGAUCAGUCGACACUGGCGCAUCGGCCAAUAGUGUUUAUUAUUGCUGAUUGCAAAACUUAUGAGUGUUUCAUCAUGACGAACCGGGGUUGGAGCGCCCUCAGGGUUUAGGGCUUAGGGUUUCGCGGUUGGCGAAGGGGAGAAACUGUCAUUAACCGUAACACUCGUCUGUGUGUCCGUGAUACUCAUACAAAUACA